AUUUUUUAAGCUAUGCAUUAUAUAUCCAAUAACCAGUGACUUCGUAACAUCACAAGUAAUAUAUUUGGAAUAAUCAUGGGACGGUCAUGUUGUUCGGCGUUUGUGUUCCCACGAUCCAUAAUGUUGUUCAUGUUAUUCACCCUUUGUCUUCACAUUCACAUGAUCGAGAAGGUCCAUGCUGAAGUCGUUAAAGGCAUCAAUGGCCUCGAUAAAUUCGUCCUCCGUGAAGCUCGCGGCAGUUCCGCUGAGAUAUAUUUGUAUGGUGCCCAUGUCACUUCUUGGAAGAAUGCCUGUGGGGAGGAGUUGCUUCUUCUCGGUAGUAAGGCAAUUUUCGAGCCUCCGAAGCCAAUACGUGGGGGUAUUCCGAUAUGCUUCCCUCAAUUCUCGAACCAUGGUCCUCUUGACUCUCAUGGUUUUGCUAGAAACAGGGUCUGGAGCAUUGAUUCUAACCCACCUCCUUUUCCAACAAGCUCCGCAAGUAAGACUUUUGUUGACCUGAUCCUUAAGCCUUCUGAAGAUGAUCUAAAGAUAUGGCCCAAUAGGUUCGAGUUUCGGCUAAGGAUUGCACUUGGACCUGGAGGAGAAUUGACGAUGACAUCUCGAAUCAGAAAUACCAACACUGAUGGAAAGCCAUUUACAUUUACAUUUGCAUAUCACACCUAUUACUCUGUUUCGAAUAUCAGUGAAGUUCGGGUUGAAGGAUUAAAGACACUGAACUAUCUUGACAAUCUGCAGAAUGAAACGAGAAUCACUGAACAAAGAAAUGCGAUAACUUUUCAAUCAGAAGUGGACAGGAUAUAUCUUAGCACACCAACAAACAUUUCAGUUCUGGAUAAUGGGAAGAACCGGACAUAUGUGAUUCACAAAGAUGGACUUCCUGAUACCGUUUUGUGGAAUCCUUGGGCGAAGGCUGUUGCAGAUCUCGGAGUGGAUGAUUAUAAGCACAUGGUUUGCGUUGAGGCUGCUGCAGUGGAAAAACCCAUUACCCUGAAUCCAGGUGAGGAUUGGAGGGGAAGCCAGGAAAUCUCAACAGUUCCUUCAAGUCCCUGUAGUGGGCUGCCUCUUCCCAGGAAAGUGCUGGGUAACUAAAAGAUUAAACACGCUGGUCCAUGUCGUGUACAGACAGGGGCAGAGCUUCUUUCAGCCGAGAGUGUGUACAAGCAGAGACGGAGCUACUCUCAGCCGAGUAUGCGACUGCAAUCUUUACUAGCCCUAAAUAUAAUAUUAGUGAUUCAUGUGUCUGUUUGAUAUAAUUUUGAGUUUUAUGUACAUACUGGCCUAAAUUUUAGUUAGUGAUUGGCCAAAAUUCUGUUAUAUCAUUAAUCUGGUAUUCUGGUUGUAAUUAUUACGAGGGAGAAAAAUUGAUGUCGAAAUUAGCAAAAUAGACAACAAGUCUUUUUCUCGCAA